UCUCAUUUAUUGAUCUCAGAUCUCUCUCUCGAAAUCCUUAAAACCCUAUUUGAUUUCGAGCUCGUUUCGGUAUCAAAAUCUCGACCUCGAUCUCGAUCCGAUGGUCGUCUGCAAAUGUCGCAAGGCGACCAGGAUUUAUUGCUUCGUGCACAAGGUUCCAGUUUGCGGGGAAUGCAUAUGUUUCCCUGAGCACCAGAUUUGUGUGGUAAAAAACUACUCCGAUUGGGUAGUCAAUGGGGAUUAUGAUUGGCCUCCUACAUGUUCCGUAUGCAAUAUUGUUCUUGUAGCUGGAACAGAUACUACUCGAUUGGGUUGCUUGCAUGUUAUGCAUACUACCUGCCUGGUGUCACAUGCUCAGAGUUUUCCUCCUCAGACAGCACCAGCAGGAUAUGUUUGCCCUUCUUGUUCUUCUCCUAUAUGGCCUCCGAAAAGCAUUAAAGAUACAGGAUCCCGCCUUCACUCGAAGUUGAAAGAAGCAAUAAUCAUGAGUGGCCUGGAGAAAAAUAUCUUUGGAAAUCAUCUGGUUUCAUUGCCAACAUUAGAGUCCCGUGCUCCCCCUCCAGCUUUUGAUUCAGAUCCGAUUACCAACAUAUCCAGUGUCGAAGACAGAAAAUCACCUGGUUCGAGCUCAGUCAUAAAUGCAACGUUACCAUCUCCUUCAGUUUCUGUGGGGACUUUUAAACAUUCAGAACCAGAGAUAGUUGAAAUAGAUGGUCCCAGUUCUUUAGGGAGCCAAUUUGUGGCAGACAAAGAUCCAAAAUUCGUGAAAAGUGGGAGUCUUCCAGGGCCUGGUGCUGCAACGAGAAAGGGACCUCACCUUGUUGAAAGACAAAAUUCUGAAAUAUCAUAUUAUGCGGAUGAUGAAGAUGGAACACACAAAAAAUAUACUAGAAGAGGUUCCCUCCGUCACAAGUUCUUGAGGUUCUUGCUGCCAUUCUGGUCUAGUGCAUUGCCGACCCUACCCGUGACAGCACCUCCACGCAAAGAUAGAAUUAACCUAGAUGAUGCUACGGAAGGACGUGUACGGCAGCAAAGAUCAUCUAGGACGGACCCCAGAAAAAUUUUACUAACAAUGGCAAUCAUGGCAUGUCUGGCCACAAUGGGCAUAUUGUAUUACAGAUUAGCACAGAGUCUUGCUGGCGACGUACUAGAAGAUGAGCCUCAAUGAGUAAGCUGUUGAUUCCAUUUCUAAUGGUGUCAUUUUGUACUUUAUGCAUGCACAAUUUAUUUGUACUGCAAAGUAAUUCUGAGCUUCAUGCAGAACACCCACACUACAAAUUGCUGCUACUGAGUGCUCUUAUGUUUCACUAAAUGGGGGAAUUUGGAAGAGAAUUUUGCUUCCCGUCUUCGUCUUCUCAUCUAUUUUGUUGUUAUCCUUGUGCUUUCAGUACAAUAUGAAGCUUUCUCAUAUUUACUGCUUGUUGUAUCCAAGGCUCAGAAGCAUAUAUUGUUCAGAAUUAUGUACAAUCUUAUGAAUGAGAAAGGCAGUUUGAGAUUUAGUGGCC